AUGGGACCUUCUCGAGGGGACAGCAGAGAAAUUAUCCCGAGAGAUGAACCCCGAGCCAAGUUGACGUGGCCGAUGGCACACCUUAUUUGCCUCUACACGUCGGACAAGAAAUCAGCGACCCAAUCAGCGUCGCUGAACGCCCAAGUUCCAGCGUACCCUCUCCGAUUCGUUCACGCCGCGACCACAUUCGCCUCGUCCCCGUCCCCAGAAGGGACGGUGCCACCUGGCAGUACCACGUCAGCAGCCGCCGGCGACGGAUGGCACGAAGCCACGUCGACUGCGCGCGAGUCGACGGCGGACGGGGGGGUGGCGGACGGCAAAGCAGGGGGCGGCGGAGCGAGAUGGGCGCAGGCGCGUGCGCCGGAGUGGGAGGAGCGCGUGUAUGCGCGCGGCGUGCGCGGAUACAACAACGUGCUGCAGCACCUGGCGGACACUAACAGGGCGCACCUGGUGCGCGACGUGUGGGGUGACAUGGGGAUGGACGGCGUGGCGCCCGACCGCACGUCCUUCCACCUCGCCACUGCUGCUGCCAUGAAGGCCGGCCGCCUGCACGACGUGCUCUUCUUCUUCAAUCACAUGAAGACACGUGGCAUCGUGCCUGACGUGGCGAUGCACAACAUGGUGAUCAGCGCGUGUGCCAUCUGCCUGCACGUCGACCAUGCCUUCAAGGUGCCCCCCUUGCUCCCACUGCACUCUGUCCCUUGUUACCGCUGCAGCAUAUUCCCCCUCAUCCCGCGCAUCUCCCUUCUCAUCCUUCCCAUGCUCUUUUCCCACGUCCACCAUUUCCUCUCCCCUGUGACUGGUGCUAUUCCAUCCCCCCGCUCCCCUCCCUGUUGCAAGCCACCCUUCUCCCCCUCGCCUGCCCCACGCCAUCCCCCUCCCCCAUCUCCCCCCCAGGUGCUGGCUCUGUUGGAUGAGGCGCGCGCCCUGCCCUCUGAGGAGCCGCCAGGGCAGGGGGAGGAUGUGGGGGGAGACGAGGGGGAGCAAGAGUUGGGAGGAGGCGAGGGAGAGGAAAAGGGGGACGAGGGAGAUCACUCGGCGUUGGCAGGAGCGACAAGAGAAGAAGCAGCAGCCAUGCAGGGCGGCACGGUGCAGAGCGGCACGUUGCAGCAUUACAUGGCAGCGCUGACGGCCAUGGAGACACUCAGAGACCCACAGGGGGCAGAGCAGGUGAUGGCAGCAGCAAGGGAGGAUGGGGUCACACCAAAUGCGCACAUGCACCGCCGCCUCAUCAGGGUGUAUGCGAGUGCGGGGCAGCUGCAGGCAGCGAGGGCGGUGUGGGAGGCGUUUGUGGCGAGUGGGGGCUACCCGGGGAGAACCCUCUUCCUGCACGUGGCGGAGGCAGCAAUGGCGCAGGCCACGCGGGAGAGCACUGCCAUCGCACGCCAAUACAUGGAGGAGUUCUUCGCAGCGGGCUACUUCCUCAAUCCCACCACGGGCGCCCGCCUGCUCAAGCUCGCCUCCAUCUUCGCCCGCAAGAGUGGCGACCCAUCAUGUGCGGCGUUCAUAUUCGACCGCUACGUGGCGGCCAUGAGGGACGUGGACCCAGACGCCCUCUGUGUGUUUGCCUCCGCGCUGCUCGACCUGGGCGUGCCGCGCUCCGAUGCGCAAGUGCACCGCGCUCACAGCCUCGCCGCACGCAGGCGUGCCGUGCGCCUGCAAGCCAAGGCUCGCGCCGGUGUGUGGCACGGCGCUUUUCCACCUCCCUCAUAG